GAAACAGUCGCGGGAAAACACAAACAUGAUAGUUUCCGAGUGCUAGCUAAGUGGCUACGCGGGCUCGAAUUUGGUUCACGUUGUAUGACUACGUUUACAGAAAGCUACUGAUUUCAAGGAACGUGAAACAACACGGAAGUGAUGAGUGCGGUGAAGGCAGAAGACGUGAAGAGAGGCAUCGCUGUGAUUUGGGAGAACCUGCAGUGUCCGAUAUGUUUGGAUUUGAUGAGCGAACCCAUCUCGACCCAGUGUGACCACCAGUUCUGCAAGUUCUGCAUGACCAAGCUGCUGGAGCGGAAUAAGAGGAAGGAAACCAGCUGCCCUGUGUGUAAGACGAAGGUCACUAAGAGGAGUCUGCAGGAAAGUCCAGGCUUCCAGAAAUUGGUAGAAGGCCUCCGGGAUUUAGUCCGUUCUUAUGAAUUUGAUACACAGACAAACUAUUUUACUGGUUUGCCACAGAGGAGACAUGGCGCUAGUGUUGAGACGGAGUCCAGAGAUCAGCAGGGCAGUGGAGAGAAUACAACCUCCGAAGGGAAAGUGACAGAGAAAGAAGCGACUCUUUCCUCCACAGCAGCAGCUAAAGAUGCUUUCGCAAAACUCAUGUGUCUUGGGGAUUCAUGUCCUGCCACUUCACAACAAGAUCAUUUAGACAGCAGUCUUGGUGAUUUGCCACAAAAAUCUAAAACAAAUCUUGCAGUUGCUGAAAAUGUUCCACUGAGAACGGAAGCCAGUGAUUCUCCAACACAGCAGGAAGUCGCUCCAGAUGAAGGGAAACAUUCCCGCAGACGGUCUAAACGGCUCUGUUUGGAUCCAGACAGAAUUAUGGAUAAACGAGAGAAGAAAAGUGUGCAGAAAGUGUCGGAGUGGUUGCUCAAGAUUUCUCCGGCUUCUGAUGCCCAAGCUGAAGGCAGCCCUGAAGGAGAUUUUCCGAUGUACACAGACAGUGAUGCCGAAAAGGAAAGUACAGCUUCCGCUGCGUCAACGGAGAUCAACGAUUCUGCUAACGAUAAAGCUGAUGCGAGUCUUAUAAGGGAAGUGCCUUGUAGAGGUCUGGAAGAACAAGUGUUUGGGGCAGUCUAUAAACGAGAGUGCAGAGUUGCCAAAAGCAGAGUCACCAAAAGUUUCUUCCCUGCACGAGAGAUAACUCCUGUCAUAUGUUAUGGAAAUCUACCGGAAAAGGAUGAAAAGAUCGAGACGCCCAAGAGGAGGUCGAGUCGUAAGUUGACUCCAGCUGACUUUAUCAGGAAGGCAUCAAAUGAAGAUAAAGAAGAUGGAUCUAAUAAAGAGGAAGUCAAUAAAGGAAGCAAACAAGAAAAGAGCAGCAAGCCGUUAAGGUCCUCAGGUGAGCAGGAAAAAGUGGUGCAGAGUGGUCCUAAUGAAAAUGCUGAACUUACAGAGAGUCCAGCGUUUGAGGUACCUCUGAAGAAACCAGGCCAGAGAUCCAAGAUGCAGGUGGUUUGGCAAGAUGUGGACCGUGACUUGACAGAGAAAGCAAACAACACGGACAACAAGAAAAGAGACCGAACAAGGAAGAGACCGAUCACUCGGAGCAGUCGUGACACUACUAAAGAUGAUGAUUUGGAGAAAGGCAAAAAUGCCAGAUAUGCCAAGUCCCUUGCUCUAGUCAGUGCUGGACCUGAGAUAGUUGAGCUGAGUGAGAAGGUCCCAAGUAAUCCAAAAUUAAUCGAGGCUGAAGUUAAUAUUGAAAGUUAUCCUAGUAGUACAGAGCUGAAGUCUCCUGAUGCUCGGAAAACCAGACGAAGCUUAAGGCUUCAGGAGUUCACUGCAGAAGUGCAAGGUCUUCCGAGAAGAAAGCGUUCGAAACGAGCUCUCCCAAAACCUGCUGACGGACCUGAAAAUAAUCCGUCUGCUAACCUGGAUGAGCCAAAUGCCAAGACUGCUCAUGUUGGUACAAGCCAGAUUAAUGCUUCACAGAGUGAGAAACCAGAAUGUUCCAUGAGGAGAAACGGUUGUGUUUGCAACGAUGACUUUGAAAACAUCGAAAUCAUGCAGUCGAGUGAGGAUGCGGCUGCUCCUAAGUGUGUGUCUGAGGCGACUAUAGCUGAAGAAAAUUCAGUCUUUUCCGUUGUUCCAGACUCUGUGGAUCAGGAUAAGGACAUUCUCCCUUAUUCUACCAAAGCUGCAAACUUGACAAGUCCCUUAGCAGCUCUGGUUCCAGAAACUUUACCACAGAAACACCAGGAUUCACCAUCUACAAAAACACAGACACCUGCUGUUGAGCACAGAGAUACUGAACAAGAAGACGACACCAACGAUAGUGAACUUGACACCGAGCAACUCAUGAAGACCUUCAAAGGCACCAAGAGAAAGUCCUUCUACCUGGGUAGUCCCAGGACUUCACACUCCAGAACCCAAGAUAAAUCCCUUACUCAGAUUUCAGAGGAAGACAAGCAAGAGAGCGUAGAUCAAACUGAGAUCCCGGGGAUCUCUCCGAACAGUGAUCAAGUUUUGCCUUCAAAUUCAUCUGAGGUAGCACCCCAUGUGACAACGUCUCAAACAUCUCAAAGCUGUGUUGCAAGUGUCGGUCUGCUUCAGGUGAAAUCACCUGCUCUUCCAACAGACACCCAAAAACACAAUUCCAGCAGAACCUCAGGUGCCAGUGACCAUCCGGAGUCUCAAGAUGCUCAAGAUUCCAGGCCUCUUUUCAAGGCUGACCUUGCAAAUUCUGUCCUGCUUUUCUCUACAAGCAUGACCCAAGAGGAACCACAAAUCUCUCACAACAAGGACUCAACAAAGUCUCCAAAGUCUUCAGAAAUUCAAGGGCGCAAAAUCUCCAGCAUUCCACUGGGAACCAUCACCAGCUCUGAAACUCAGUGUAACAAUUUCGAGUCCUCAGUCACCCCAGAUGGCCUUGUACCAAAUGGUCCUGAAGCUCCGGAACUUGCAACCACUCAGAACGUGGAUAAGCUGGAUGAGGGAGAAUUUCUUUCUCAGCCAUGUUUGCAGAGGAAGAGGAAGGCUCAGAAACUAGAGUCUUCAGAUUCUGAAUCCAGUGUUGAGAGUGAUGAACUUCCCCCACUUGCGCAGAUAUUUAAAUCUCAACAUCCGUCCCCACCUUCUGCCAAAGAUUCAGUGGAAAACUCUUUAAACCAAGAAGUUAAAGAGCAAAGCCCAAAGCCAGGUGAAGAACCUGCAAGUCAGGAUAGUCACUCUUGCAGUGAACCAGAACCUCAGUCCAGUUCCUCAAGCCAGUGUGUUGCCCCUUAUCAGAACCCGCAGUCUGUUCAAGAUGUAAAUUCUAAUGAUGUAUGUGACGGUGGCAUUCCUGACCCUGCUUGCAGGGAUGAGUGGAUUACUUCUAGUCAAGGAUCUGUGGAUCUUUUUGGGACACCACGGGAAACUGAAGAAAUAGCCGGUGGUGCUGAAGAAGUAGCCGGUGGUGCUGAAGAAGUAGCCGGUGGUGCUGAAGAAGUAGCCGGUGGUGCUGAAGAAGUAGCCGGUGGUGCUGAAGAAGUAGCCGGUGGUGCUGAAGAAGUAGCCGGUGUCAAUACAGGGCUUUCCUUUGAGUCGUCUCAAUACUCGAGCGAGAUUAUUACCACUCAGCAGAGAGACGACAUGCAGCAGGAGUUGCACAGGUUGGAGAGAAUGAUGGCUUUAGUGACUGAGGCUCUCCAGAAGAAAGAUGGCGACUUAGACGAUAAAACUAAGACGGAGGACAGCGAUCAGCACUCAGGGCAGCAAGGCAGAGUGAGAAGUCAGCGAUCCUGUAAAAGCGGAAGGCAGCCGCCUCAGAGGUCAGAGGUCAAAAGUCAGCAUGGUGUGGCUGAGGAUUCGACCGUUGAUGUGAUGGAUGAGAAGGAGCCGAACGAGCCGAUGGAAGAAACCAUCGGAGAGCGUACAUUAAAGAACAAGUGCAGAACGGAAAGUGGAGGCAGAAUGGAGCUGGUGGCGUCGGGGCUCAGUGCCGCUGAACAGGUCCUGUUGAAGAAAUUUGCGAGGAAGAUGAAGGCUAGUGUAAGCAAUCAGGUCACUCCCACUACAACUCACAUCAUCAUCAAGACAGAUGGAGACUUGGUGUGUGAGCGAACGCUAAAGUACUUCCAAGGAAUCGCCGGCAGGAAGUGGGUGGUGAGCUUCCUGUGGAUCUCAGAGUGCUUCAAACACGGCAAACUUCUGGCUGAAGCUCCGUACGAGGUUUGCGGUGACGUCGUUAACGGACACGACCACAGAGGACCCCAAAAAGCCCGGACUGCUGCGGAUAACGACCUGCUGAUGAAAGGAUGUGAGAUCUGUUUCCAGGGCUCCUUCACAGACAUGACCACAGAUCAGAUGGAGGUCCUGGUGGAGUUGUGUGGUGCUACGGUCGUGAAAGAUCCGCUGAUGUUCUCCAGAAAGGGUAUCCGUUAUCAGCUGGUGGUGGUUCAGCCCAGCCCUGAAGACUCUCAGUCGUAUUACGCAGCUCUACAGAAAAAAGCCACUGUAGUGACUCGGAGCUGGCUGUUAGAUUCAGUCGCCACGUACAUGCUCCAGAAUCCAUCUGAUUAUAAACCGUGAUGAUGAUGAUGAUGAUGAUGAUGAUGAUUGUGAUGAUGGUGAUGAUGAUGGUGAUGUUUUUCUUCCAUUGCUCUCUCUGCUUGUUUUUAAACUCCUUCUCUCCUCAUCUGCACUUUAUUAGCACAGGGCUCUGUUCAUCACUACUUUUCCUUUUACUUUAAUUCCCCAGAAAAAAACCAAACUGUUUUAAGGUGUGCUGUAAAUAAGACUUUCUCCGUGUACAUUUCAGUAUAAAACUUUCAACAAGUCACGUGUACUUGGUAACGUUUUUUGGGGUUUUUUUUUUUGCAUCACCGUGUACGUUGGCAAACACACACACACACACACAUAAACACACACACAUUUCUGUUGUGCUUUUGCUUGCUCAGAGUUUCUGUCUCUGACACGGCCAUUAAUAAUGAAAGCUUUAGAGUUUCCUCCUUCAGGCCCCGCGGGAACUGUAAAAGCACAGUCUCACGGGUUCUCCAUCCAUCUACUAUCAAUCUGUCCAUCCUU